AAAAGCUAAAAUAAAGAAUUCAUGUACCUUAGGAGGAAAAACCUGCAAUCACAGUCUCUAUAAAGUUGACACCACACCAACAGGCAAUAGACAGUUUCCGGCCAGGUGACGGAGGGAACCUGUUUGGCCUGAUGCAGUGACACCAUGUCUGUUACUUUUCUGCUGGACAUCCCUGAAGAUAACGAGGGAGACAGCCCAGCUCGCACCACUCUUGAAGAUGAAGAAGAACAUGAAACAAGACUUGGGCCACAGCAACAUAACGUUGACCCAGAUGCUGCCUUUUACAAGCAAGAUGACCAUCUUACAGCCACCAUGAAAAUUCUGGCAAACAUGCCAAGCAGAACAAUUGGGCGCUCCCAGGGGGCCAUGCUGUCAGAGUACUAUAAUCGCACCAUGAGAAGGCGACGAGGAAGGAAACGUCCAUCUGUUUACAGCUUACAGCGCAGCGCAAGGCCCAGUCUGAGACUUAGAGAUGACGUUUCUGAUGCACAGGAGGAACAACAAAGGCUGUUAGUAUCCGAGCUUCAGACAACAUCAGGAACCAAUAGAAGCCGCCUCCUAAAGAGCCUUCCUCUGAGUCUGAAUGUAAAAAGGGAGCUACGGCAGUGUAUAAAUGAUCCUGGUAGAUUAUGGCGACAAAGAAAUGUCAACCCUUGCUGCAGUCAGCUGAGAGAUGAUAUAGCAAUGGGUAUUCACCGGUGCUGGAUCUUCUCCCUCUCUGUGUUCCUCUCUCUGCGACCAUGGCAUGUGGCACUGAAGCAAAUUGGUGGACGCUUUGGAUCUAGUGUCCUUUCAUAUUUUGUCUUCCUGAAGACUCUUCUAGAAUUCAAUAUCUUCUUGUGCUUUCUUUGCAUCCUAUUCAUUGUAAUUCCGCAAGCUGUGCAUCCACUAAGCAUAGCCAAUUUGCGUGUAUUCACUGGCCUAGAACUGCUCACAGGAGCUGGCUAUUUCUCCAGUACUCCCAUGUACUAUGGGUAUUAUAGCAACCUUACUCUGAAUGAGAAUUGUUCCUCUGGAUUUAACAUUACAGCCUGUCCUGCAGGCAGGGCCUGGUUUCCCUACCACAUGCCACUUGCGUACUUGUUUACAAUUGGAACUGCAUUUGUGAGCACUUGCAUUAUCCUAGUUUACAGGAUGUCAUGCUCUUUUGGGGAUAGCUUCCGUGUGGGACUCUUCCGUGGAGUUAUGGCUGUCAAAGUAUUCAGUUCAUGGGAUUUUAAAGUUACUCAGAAUCGAUCUGUACAGAGACAGCGAGAAAAUAUACACAUGCAGCUAAAGGAAAUGCUCAGUGAAAGACUACAAAGUGACCGUCCAACUCUCUUAAAGAAGCAACUGAAGGGUCUUUUCAUUCUCAUGCUCUCCUGGGCAUUGUGUUUAGGGAGCUGGCUUGGGGCUGCAGUAGUUGUAUAUCUGCUGUCAGAACAUCUACACAAGGAUCAUCGGGCUCGAGUAAAAAGAGGUGGAGAACCAGAGGUGGAGGCGAUGCUCCUCCCACUGCCACUGGCUGUGUCUGUGUGCAAUCUGCUGCUGCCAUACAUGUACCACGCUCUAGGAUUGUGGGAGAAGCUAGACUCUCCUAUGCUAGAGGUUUAUGUUGCCAUCUGCAGGAACCUUAUCCUGAAGAUUGUUGUCCUUGGUGUUAUGUGUUACCACUGGCUGAUGCGGAAGACAAAAUUUCUGGAGUAUAAGUGCUGGGAGACAUUUGUUGGGCAGGAAUUGUAUCGCUUUGUGAUCAUGGAUCUUUUGUUCAGUCUGUUAGAUACCCUGGUUGGAGAGUUUCUUUGGAGGAUCAUCCUUGAGAAAAAAUACAAAAAGAGAUGCCGGACAGAAUUUGACAUUGCUCGGAAUGUGCUUGAGCUGAUAUAUAGUCAGACUUUGGCCUGGCUUGGGUUACUCUUUUGUCCCCUUCUCCCAGUUGUGCAAGUCCUGAAGCUUCUGCUCCUGUUCUACAUAAAGAAGGCCAGUCUGAUGAGAAAUUGCAGGUCUCCCACCAAACCUUGGAGAGCUUCUCAUAUGAACACCGCCUUUCUUACUUUGCUCUGCUUCCCUUCCUUCCUGGGAGCCUCUGUAUUCUUUUCCUACACUGUCUGGUCGGUGAAGCCAUCAGGAAUAUGUGGCCCCUUCCGCUCUCUAACCUCAAUGUAUGAAGCUGGGAAGUUUUAUAUGCGGGAGCUGGAGAAAUCUAAUCCUGGCUUGGGCUGGGUUAGCUGGAUUCAUCAUUAUCUUGUGGAGAAUACAUUCUUCUUGUACUUGGCAGCUGGAGUCCUUCUGAUUGUAAUUUACUUCCACAUUCAAAUAGUGAAUGGACAGAGGAAAAUUAUAAACCUUCUGAAGGAGCAGAUCUCUAACGAAGGAGAGGACAAGCGGUUUUUGAUCAACAGGCUUCAUUCAUUUUAUGAGAAAAGGAGCACAGAGAACCAGCAUCAUUCUCAGCAACGAAAGGCUCCUUUAUUCCAGGGAAAACUCAAUAAGCAGCUCGCAGAAGACUGAACGGUUGCGCUGAAAAAUUGCCUCCCAUACGUGCAUAUUGUCCAGGCUAAAGAGUUGGAGGCUUGCGGGCAAUGCUCAUGCCUGCUCUCCAGAUUCAAGUCUGGGAUGAGUAGGAUAUACAGUGGAAAUAUGGAUUCCCGCUGUACCUGCUAUCCAGAUACAAGUAUUGGAGCCUUACGAAUUAGGAUAGUGAAACACUGUUUUACCCACUAUGUGCCUUCAUGGAAGCAUUGCACCUAUUGUGUUAUGACUACUAGCGACGUGUGCUCACAUAACUACUGAACCUAUUUUUUAUGAAACAGUAUUGGGUUUUUUGACUAUAUGCGUGAUUUACUGAAACACUCUGAUUCUAUACCUAUGGGUCGAAAAAAAAAAUAUGCAUUGUACUGUUUAUGGGUGACUCCUCAUGAUUCCCUACAAUGUGAUGCUUCUUCCUACAGUGGAAAAUAGUAAAAGUCAUAAGCAAUUUUUGGGUCACAAAGCUAAAUCACUGGCUUACUUUGGUUCCCCCGUAAGUUAAGAAAGACUGUAUUAAACUGCCAGAGAAUCUUUGCCUUUUAUAUUUCCUGUUUCAAUAAAUCUUUAAUACAC